AUGUCUUCGGGAACCAACUUUACUGGUGGAACCAGCCGCUGCUUUUACGAAUGGCAGAAGUUUUUGGACUGCUACACCGCCAAGUCCACCGACGACAUUAAAACCUGCCAGCUCCUGGCACAGGACUACGACGAGUGCCUGCAUCAUCGCAAAGAGAAGGCUCGUGCCCAGCGUAUUGCUGCCGAGUACGAACGCCGUGCCGCCAAGGGUGAGGACGUACCUGCCGUUGAGAAGCGCAAGUUGAAUAUCACCCUUGAGGAUGCUAGCGUUUUGCACCCUUGA